AUUGCAAGAGUAAGACCUCAGUUGUAUGUGCACGUUCUGUUUAGCUAGUUAACUAAGAGUGUCCAAUUUAAAAAAGGAAUAAAAAAAGAGAAAAAGGUUUGAACACAGCUUUAUUGCAGUAUUAAUUCUCUCUAUAUAUAUUUCAGAAGCAGCUUAUGUGCAUGAGCAAACAAAAGAGCACCCACUUCUUUUCUAUCUCACAGCAAUGGCUUCUAACCAUAUUGUCUCUUCCUCUCAAUCUGCUCUCAAUUCCCACUCCUCUUCACCAUCUCCAACUUCUUUACAACCUUCUACUUACAGGGAAUAUGAGCCUGAGGAGAUUGAUUGGGAUAAUUUGGGAUUCAAGGUUAUGCCAACUGAUUAUAUGUUUAUAGCCAAAAGCUGUUUGGAUGGAAAUUUUGAAGCAGGCCAACUAAAUCCUUUUGGAAAUAUUCAAUUGAGCCCCUCUGCUGGAAUCUUGAACUAUGGACAGGGUUUAAUUGAAGGCACAAAAGCCUAUAGAAGAGAAGACGGACGCAUUUAUGUAUUCCGUCCGCAAGAUAGCGCAAUUCGAAUGCAGAUUGGCGCUGAAAGAUUGUGUAUGCCUUUUCCAUCUGUAGACCAAUUUGUGGAUGCUGUUAAGCAAACAGCUUUGGCCAAUAAACGUUGGCAGAUUCCUCCAGCCGGGAAAGGGUCACUUUAUAUUAGACCUCUGCUUAUGGGAAGUGGAGCUGUACUUGGAGUUGCUCCUGCACCUGAAUACACAUUCCUUGUCUAUUCUUGUCCUGUUGGAAUCUAUUUGAAGGAUGGAACAGGAGCACUCUCUUUAUAUGUUGAGGAAGAAUUUCAUCGUUCAGCCUUGGGUGGAGCUGGUGGAAUCAAAAGCAUUACUAAUUAUGCCCCGGUGAUGAAAGCCAUGAGAAAUGCAAAAGGGAAAGGAUUCACUGAUGUAUUAUACCUUGAUUCAGUAAAUAACAAAUAUAUUGAAGAGGCCUCUUCCUCUAAUAUUUUUCUAGUCAAGGGAAAAGUCAUUUCAACUCCGAAGGCAAACGGAACCAUUCUUGAAGGAGUUACGAAGAAAAGUGUCAUAGAUAUUGCACAUGAUCUUGGAUACCAGGUUGAAGAACGCAUGAUUGAAGCAGAGGAAUUGAUUACAGCUGAUGAAGUAUUCUGUACAGGAACUGCACUUGGUGUUGCUGCUGUAGGAAGUGUUACUUACAAGGGUAAACGGAUUGAAUAUAAGAUAAGUUCAGAAACGAUAAGCCAGCAAUUGAACUCGAGGCUAGUGGGGAUUCAAAGAGGCACUAUUGAGGAUAAGAGGAAUUGGAUUGUUGAGGUUAAAUAAGAUUCGAUCUAUUGAGCUUUGAAAUAAAUAAAAGAUUGAGAGAGUGUUUUGCUUGGUAUAGCUAGUUUAACAAGUGUUCACUGUCCUGUCAAGUAAAAGUUGUGAGUUCGAGUCUUGUUUGUCGCGUCAGUUCAAUAAAUAUAAAUGCAUCUUUCAAUUCAAUAAAUUAACAAUGCUUUGAGAACAUGAA